AUGUUUUAUGGUAAUAAUAUUAUACAAACAGUAACUCUUCCAGCUAGUGUUGAUACAAUCGGACAAUACGCAUUUGCAUUUUCAUCUAUACAAACCAUAAAUCUUGGUUCCGUCACAAAGAUUGAGGAAAAUGCCUUCGAAAACUGUCAACAGUUAUCAAUUAACUCUUUCCAUAAUGAUUUAUCAAUGGCUGCCUACGCAUUUUCAGGAUCCGGAAUAAGUUCAAUUAUUAUCAAAGAUUGUCCUAAAUUUUUAUGUUGCAAAUGCUUAAAACUAUCUGAAGUUACAAUUUUAUCAACUUGUACAUCAAUUGAUGAACACGCCUUUGCAUAUUGUUCUCAAUUAACACAAAUUCAUUUUGAUCAAGAUAUAAGUUCUUUAUUCAUUUUUGCAUAUUCAUUUUAUGCAUCAGGAUCAUUUAGUGUUUCUCUUCCUAAUGCACAAUCUAUUUAUGUAUAUGAUAAUGCUUUUGCUUUGUCAAAAAUCCAAAAAUUUGAAGUGAAAUGCACUUUUUUAUCGUUUCAUGGGAAAUGUUUUAUGCAAUGCCCUGAAUUAACAACAGUUGUAAUAGAUUCAAACAGCGUCAGUUCUGAUGAUUCUGCUAUUUUAUUAUUUGGAAAUUGCAUGAAACUAAAUAGUGUGACAAUUAAAAAUAUGGAUAAAGUUGGUCAAUCAACAUUUUUAAAUUGUGUUGGACUUCAAACAGCAAAUUUACCUCAAGCAACAAUAUUUGAAAAGAACUCAUUUUUCAAUUGUAAAUCAUUAUCAACAUUAACAAUACUUGAAAGUGAUAUUCAAGUAAAUGAAUAUGCAUUUUCAGGUUGUUCUUUAUUAACAAGUUUUCCAUUUGAAAAUACAAAAUCAAUUGGAAUUGGAUCUUUUAGUUUUUGUUCUUCACUUGUUGUUGGUGAAUCUGUUCCAUUGUUUGGUGCAAUGUCAUCUUUUGCGAACUGUAAUUCAUUAACACAAAUAACUGUUACAUCAAAAGAUAAUUUUCCAAUUUACAUGUUUGAGAAUUGUGUCGGAUUAACUAAAGUUACAUUUACUGAUGAGAAUACUAAUGUAUUUGGAUUUAUGUUUGCAGGAUGCACAUCUCUUGAAGAAGUAGAUCUUAAUAAAGUUACAGCUAUUGAUAAUUUUGCUUUUCAAAAUACAAAAUUAACAAAUUUAGAUCUUAAAACUGUGAAAACAAUUGGAUUGAAAUCAUUCCUUAAUUGCGGUAUUCAAAAAAUAACUAUUCGAACUGAUAUAACUCAAAUUGAUCAAACAUCAUUCCAAGGUUGCUCACAACUAUCACAAAUCAUCAUUGAAGAUGGUGUUACGAAGUUUGACAUGUUUGGAUUCGAAGAUUCUUCUCCAGUGACAUUUACGAUUAACAACCAAAAUUUCAAUUACAAUGAUAACAUAUUAAUGCAAGGAACAAAUACAAUUUUAUAUUAUGGAAAAGAUGAUAUUAAAUACACAGUUCCUGCUGAAAUAGAAAAGAUAGGAAAAUGUGCUUUUUGUCAUAGUAAAAUAACUGAAAUUACUUGUGAUAAAGAAAUUACUUUUCCAUAUGGAUUUUCCGGAUUAAAAACACUUGUAACUGUAACAGUUACAGGAGUUAAUACUAUUCCAGAUUAUGCAUUUUAUAACUGCAUUAAUUUGGAAACAAUAGAGUUCCCUUCAACAACAAAAAACAUUGGUAAUUAUGCAUUUUGUAACUGCAAGAAACUAGAAAAUAUAAAUUUGGAAACUGCUGGAGAUAUCGGAGAACAUUCAUUCGAAAAUUGUUCAUCUCUUACUAGUAUAAAAUGCGAAAGUUCAACAAUUAUGGCAUAUGCAUUUUAUAAUUGUAAAUCACUUAAGAAUGUUGAAUUUAAAUCACAAUAUAUUAAUCUUGGUAUGUAUUCUUUCUCAAGAACAGGAAUUGAAAACAUUACUCUUCCAAGUGGUCAAUUUGAAGACGGAGUUUUUUCUUAUGCUGAGAAACUUCAAUUCUUAAAUUAUUCAGGUACAGAUAGUUUAAAUAUUCCAUCUUAUAUGUUUGAACAUACAUCAUUAGUCGGCAUUUAUCUAAAAAUAACUAGAAUAGGUAAGUUUUCUUUCUCGUUCAUUAAAAGUUUAAGAUUAUUUGUAAUUAUAGAUGAAUGUGAAGUUAUUGAUCCAGAAUCAUUUUAUGGAUCUGAAAAUGUUCAAUUUAGAUUCACUUCAUGUAUUCAUCCAAAAUUUUUAUUAGGAAAUCAUGAAUUAGUUGAUAAAGAUACAUGA